CAGGUCCCGUACCCAGGGCCGAUGCUCAACGUCGCGCUCGCGUACCGCGCGCUGCGCGAGCACAAGCACGACCUCGGCUUUCGCGCCUCGCCGCUCGCCGUGGUGGGCUCUCUGCGGGCGGGAACUUGGCGAUGGCCGCGCUGCUCGCGCCGCUGCUGCUGCACCACGCGCCGCCGCCCGUGGUCGAGGCGCUGGGCGGGUGCGACCCGGUGAUGCCCGACGCCAUCUUACUCCUCUGCCCGGUGCUGAACAUUUGCCGCUCGCCUUCGCCCUCGCGCGUCGUGUUCGCGUCGGACGUGCUGCUGCCGCAGCCGCUGCUCAAGGCGUUCGCCACCGCCUACGACAACGACUCGGACCACUGGAUGGUGCGCGACCCAAUCUUCUCGCCCGUCUUUGCGCCCGACGAGGCGCUGCGCCAGCUGCCGCCAACGACUAUCCUCUGCGGCGGGCUCGACCCGCUGCUGGACGACUCGGUCGACUUCAACACGCGCAUUCGCCGGAUGGGCGUGCCGGGCGAGCUGCACAUCUACCGCUCUCUGCCGCACACGUUCGUCUCCUUCCCGCACUGGCACAUCCUGCCCGAGGUCGAGUCGGCACUCGCCAAGAGCGUGCAGUUCCUGCGCGCGGUCUGCUCGGCCGCGCCCGCCGCCGGCGUCGGCGGCAGCGCCACGCCGCCCGGCGGAUCGGACGACCCGUGGAAGGAGCCGCGCUCGGUGGGCUCGCAGUCCUUUGACUCGGACGACGGGUUUGGGUUCUAGCGUCACUCUCUCGCUUAGGCCUUAGCACCGGGUGUGUAAGCUGUAACGCUAACGGGG